AUGCCGCGUCGCGUGUUGCACGGCCUUCGGGGGAUGCCGUCAGGGCUCCCCGCGCCAUUGCGCGGCCAUUUCCGGCGGCGUACGGAUGCCGCAAACGGCAACAUAAAACGCGGAUAUUCAAGCGUUGAAAGCACGAUGAAACGGGGAAAAAAAAAAAUCAUCGAUGACCAUGGCUCUGAUACCAAUUGAUAGAAACGAAAUUGCAGAAGCGUACCGCCAGAAUCCAUGAGACGGGAUGGCCUUCUGCUUCAGUCACCGGAGAAUUUCUCCACUGACAGAUGGCGACCUUGAGGACUCCGACGAUGAUGAAGCAGGGACCAAACCCUUGAAUUUAUAGCCUCGAAAAGAGGCUCGACGGUUUCAAUCCCUUCCAUCAAAGGAUUGAAACCGUCGGACGAUUUCAAUCCCUUCCAUCAAUGGAUUGAAACCGUCGACCAGAUUCUACACGAUUUUUCUCCAUACUCCAUUCCAUAACGCCUCAUAACGGCUGUUGCAAUAACCAUUAUGCACAAUAAUGGUAUGUACAACCCACAAAACGGAAAUAUCCAACAUUAUAUUGUUAUCUAUAUUUAGUAGAGGUUUGUUCAAAUUGAGAAUCAACUUGUUUCACUUGCAUUUUAGUAAAACCUAAGUACGCCAGCAUCCGCCGAAUCUCCUCCACACUGAUGUAUUCGAAGGAAUCCAAGCGCUUGGCGGAUAAGAGCUCCGUGAGGCACAACCUCCUCGCCUGCCGCCAGUACGGCCCGUACGGGGCCCAAGCGAUGUCCGAGUAGUUGUAGGUCGUGUACUUGCCCGCCGCCGUCCGCGGCCGCGAGGCGAAGACCAGGUCCUGCUUCUUCAAGAACUCCGUCGCCAUCUCCACCGACGACCCCACCACCACCCGCUGCGAUCCCAGGUAGAGCUGCAUGAUGGGACCGUAAUUCCGGAAGAGCUCGUGGAUGGACCUGUGCGGCAGCUCCCCGAUGAGGUGCAGGCUGCCGACGAUGGGCCACGGCCGGGGGCCCGGCGGCGGAGGAGGCCGCUUCUUCCGGUGGGACGCCAAGAGGACCAUCAAGAUGGCGGCGGAGGCCAGAAGCGCCGCCGUGUAGAGGGCCCAGGUGGGGAGAGUGCCUCCGUCCAUGGGCACCGCGGGGAAGUCGGAAUAGGGAGCUGGUAGCGUCGCUGGUGGUGGUGGUGGUGUGUGUGGUGA